UUCUGAACCUAUCAGCCCCCUCUCUUCUCUAAACUAAGCAUGCUAACGGUAAUCCUUGUGAUUCAACGUGGGGUCACUCAGGCAAUACGUCGAACACUUACAAUUCCAUUCUCACCGCUCAAUCAAAUCCUUUUUAAUUUCAACUUUCUGUGCACCCAAGCACCUUUAAAUUUUCCCGAGAAAAUUAUGGAGUCAAAAGAAGGAAAACCCAGUUGCUUGUCUUAUAGGAUUGAGAAGUUGCCGAAGGGUGAGUCUGUUGGGUUAGCAUUUCAAAGCUGGAUGGGUGAUGGGUUUCCCAUUCACAGAGGUGACAUUUUCCACGCCAUUAACCGUCUCAGGAAGCUCAAGAUGAACAAACGCGCACUUGAGGUAAUGGAAUGGGUGAUCAGGGAAAAGCCUUACAGGCCCAAGGAAUUAGACUACUCUUAUCUUUUGGAAUUUACAACUAAAUUUCAUGGGAUUUUGCAGGGUGAAAAACUCUUCUCUUGUGUCCCUCCUGAGUUCCAGAAUGAUUUGCUCUACAAUAAUCUUGUGAUUGCAUGCUUGGAUAAGGGGUCAAUAAGGCUUUCACUUGCAUACAUGAAGAAGAUGAGGGAUUUGGGUCACCCCAUCUCACACUUGAUCUUCAACCGCCUCAUAAUCCUCCAUUCCUCCCCAAGCCGUAAGAAAAUCAUCCCCAAAAUCCUCACUCAAAUGAAGGCUGAUAAGGUGACUCCACAUGUCUCCACCUAUAACAUUCUUAUGAAAAUGGAGGCUAAUGAACACAAUAUUGAAGGGCUCAUGAAGGUAUAUGGUGACAUGAAACGUGCAAAAGUUGAGCCUAAUGAAGUAUCUUAUUGCAUAAUAGCUACUGCACAUGCAGUGGCAAGGUUGUACACUGUGGCUGAAGCCUAUGUUGAAGCAGUGGAAAAGUCUGUUACAGGGGAUAACUGGUCAACUCUAGAUGUUCUAAUCAUAUUGUAUGGGUAUUUAGGGAAAGGAAAGGAGCUAGAGAGAACAUUGGGCAUUGUGCAAGAACUCCCCCAUGUUAGGUCUAAAAGUUACGUACUUGCAAUUGAAGCAUUUGGUAGAAUUGGACAGCUGAGUCAGGCUGAAGAGCUUUGGUUAUAUAUGAAGUCAGUAAAAGGGUUAAGAUCAAGUGACCAGUUCAACUCUAUGAUAUCUGUAUACUGCAAACACGGGUUGAUUGAUAGAGCAUCUAGGCUUUUCAAGGAAAUGGAGAUGAUUGAGUGCAAGCCAAAUGCCAUAACUUAUCGACAUCUUGCUUUGGGUUGCUUGAAAGCAGACUUGGUGGAAGAAGCCUUGAGAACUCUAGAAUUGGGGAUGGAUCUAACAGCGAGCAAAAGAGUCAGGCAUUCUACACCAUGGUUGGAGACCACUCUUUCAAUAGUUGAGAUUUUUGCAGAAAAGGGUGAUUUGGUGAAUGUGGAGAAGUUGUUUGAAGAACUUACAAAAGCUAGGUAUACCAGGUAUACAUUUGUGUACAAUACUUUGCUCAAGGCAUAUGUGAAGGCCAAGAAAUAUGAUCCAAAUUUUUUGAGAAGGAUGAUUCUAGGAGGUGCUAGGCCAGAUGCUGAGACCUAUAGCCUGAUGAAACUUGCUGAGCAGUUUCAGAGCUGAUGUUAAUCUGUUGUAUGCUUAGUUUAUUUAUUCAUGUUUCUUGAUUCUUCUUAGCACAAAGAGCAAAUCAAAUUUCUAAGUGGAAGAUAGGAAGAAGAGAGGUAGGAAAUUAGGGAGGAUCAUCUGGUACAUUCUGAUUACAGCUAUGAUUAAUGUGAAGAUUCUGAGAGAAUAAUAUGCUCAAUAUUACUUCCUGCUUCAGCUUCACCCCUUGGUUGAAUUAGGUGAAUUAUGGGAAAAUGAGUCUCGUUCGCAACCCCCCUACCCAAUUUGACACAGCCUUUCCGUCAGCCCUAUUUGACACAGACUCUCACCCAACGUUCUCCAUUGCAGGCAACCUCAUCUCCCCCCUCCUAAUAUUCAUCCCCUCUCUCCCUUCCCCCAACACCUCACUGUCUGGUUUUUCUUCCUCCACUUCCUUCCCAUGCCAAGCUGCAUUUUUGCUUUCAGCUUUCUCAGCUGGCUCUCUCUGUUCCAAGCACUGACAGGUUGUUGGAGGCAGAGCAAUCGACCACUUUUUUCAGUCCUAUAUUCCUAACGCUGUGAUAUCAAGUUCAACUUUUCACUUUACCAUGCUUGGACCCAUCUAUUAAGUGGAAAUCUAGGAGCAACCUGUAUGAGUAGGUCGUGUGCUACACAGUCAGUUCAAUACUUUUCCUAGAUCUCCCCAUGUCUUCAAAUUACUAUGCUAUUUUGAAACUUCUUAUCAAAAGAUAUGUGUGCGCUUUUAUCCUUAUCGCUGCACUGAUUUAACCUGGGCAUUUCAUUAGAAAUUAAAAGACAUUAGCACAUCACACUAGCUUAUUUAAGUUAGUUCUUUGGUUGGCCAAACCUUUAAGCACUCAAAAUCCUCGGAUUUUGUGCUAGGACAAACUUGAUUUUCAUGCUUUUGAUAUGAGUUUGUUCAUGCUUAUUAAAGAAACUUACUUGCAUCAUUAUAUUAUGUUUUAAAUUAUUCAUUAAAAUGUCUUCAUACUCAU